AUGACGGGACAUGAAUUUACAUUAGAGUUACUUCACCAUAAUCCUCUACAAUGUCUUGAAGUGUUACGCAUGUCCCGUGAAUCAUUUGUCCGACUAUGUGCUCAUUUUAGAGUAAACUACGCGUUAAAGGAUAGCAAACAUGUGUCGGUUGAGGAGAAGAUGGCUAUCUUUUUGAUGAUAAUCAGUCAUAACCAACGUUAUGUGAUUAUCAAGCGGAGAUUUCAACACUCAAAGCAAACAAUUCAUAAGUUUUUUCAUGAAGUGUUGGACAAAAUGUUGCUUUUCGCACAUGAAAUUAUAGUACCAACUUCUUUUAAUCCAAAUCCAAACAUUCCGGGACAUAAUAGGAGGCUACGGCGGGUGUUCAAGGGAGCAGUUGGUGCACUUGAUGGCACUUUGAUACAUGUUGCUGUCCCUGCAAACAAACUAGAUUUAUAUAGAAGUAGGGGAAAAGGCGAUUGUUACCAAAAUGUAUUGGCAAUAUGUGACUUCAACAUGAUGUUUACGUUUGUUGUGGCCGUUUGGGAAGGGAUAGCACACGAUUCUAGAAUUUUAUCAGAAGCAUUAGCAAAUCCACAUGCACCAUUCCCGCUUCCACCACCAGAUAAAUAUUAUCUUUGUGAUGCCGCCUAUGCAAACGUUCGAGGUUUUAUGGCACCGUACCGUAAUGCAAAACUUCGGAAUGUCAUUGAGCGUUCUUUUGGUGUCUUGAAAGCACGAUUCCCUGUAUUGAAGAGGAUGGCACCAUUCUCGUUGGUUACACAACGAAACAUUACCCUAGCAUGUUUUGUGCUUCAUAAUUUUAUAAGAAGAGAAGGACUACAUGAUGAGUAUUUUGCACGAUAUGAUGAACCAAAUGUCUCAGUUCGGAAUAACAACGCAGUCGUUGAUAAUGAUGAAGAUGAGAUUCCAACAAAUGGUACUGAAGCGGACCGUGAAUAUAUGGCCCAGUUACGGGAUGAAAUUGCCGAACAAUUGAUGCAAAGUAUGGAAUGA